AUGAUUAAUAAAAAUGACAGUUGUCAAAUUGGGGCGAGAACGAGCAUAAAAAGAAAAGGCACAAAUAGAAAGAAAACUUAAUAAAAAUUUAUAAAAUAAUAAAAAAAUAUAAAGUAAACUAAAUAAUCAACAAUUUACAACAUUUUAAUAUAUUUUUUAUAAACAUAAUAAAAAAAAAGACGAAAGGAAGCACUUAAUACUUUAGUAAGCUAUUACAAUUUUGCUCAUAUAGAAAAAAAGAAAAACUAUGUCACUAAUCGAUAAAUUACAAGAACAAGAACCAAUACCAUUGGCCGAUGAUGAUCCACAGGUAAUCAUUAACGAUGAUGAUCAACGUUCCAACAUUCCCAAUGGUCAUUCUAUGGAUUCUCUGAGGUCCUCGUUUACUAAUCGCAGUUCUACCCCUGAUUCACACAAUUCUUUGGAUCCGGAAAUAAGCCCCGACGAAAAGGAGGAGAAGGCACGUUUAAUUACCCAAGUCUUGGAGUUACAAAACACUCUUGAUGAUUUGUCGCAACGCGUGGAUUCGGUUAAAGAAGAGAACCUCAAAUUACGUUCAGAAAAUCAAGUUUUGGGACAAUAUAUAGAGAAUCUUAUGUCAGCAUCAUCAGUAUUCCAAUCGACUAGUCCAAAUUCAAAAAAGAAGUAGAUACUUAUUUAAACGCCAGCACAGAUUUUCUCGAAAAACUUACUACAUAAAUAACUCAAAUAUUCUGGUCGGAAUAGUUUUAAUUCCGAUUUAGCUUCUCGUUUCCGAUGUUUUUUUUUUUUUUUUUGUUAAGAAUUAACAAUAAAUACAAAUCAGUUUCAAUUCGA